CACAUGGCUGCUACCGCCAGAGGACCGCGCUUUGAGCUUUUGAGAUCAGAUAUCACCUGGUUGCCAAGAUAAAUUUGUUUUCAUUAUAUUUCGAGCAGUUGUUCUCAAUUUUCCAAGCUGUGAUUAGCCAAAUCGACUUCGGUAAUUAUUUAAUAAUAAUGCCCAAUGAUAAAAGACAACCAGCAAAUAAUUAUCCAAGAAAGCUUAGCAACAAUUUUACGCCGCCAAAUUUUGCCAAAGCAUCAACUUACAGCAUGAAUGACACGCACCAAGAUAGACCACCCUUGCUGGCUAACAAGAAUCCCCUACCAGGAAGGUUCACGCUAUCAGUUGAAGAGGUGAAAGCAAGAGCAGCAGCAUUGCUGAACAAGCCAGUGUCUCCAAGCUUUGAAGAAAUAAGAAGGAAGGCUGUUGAAAUGUUAGCAGCAAAGCCAAGGGAAGUUGAAACAGAAGAAGAAAGGAUCAAGAGGAGAGCGUGCGAAAUGACAAUGCAGGGCAUGAACUGCGGAGUGCGUGUCAGAUCGGACAUUUUCAAGGUCUCUCAUGAUCAUUCAGAAGCAAGGCCUGCUGAAAAAGAAGAAUCGCCCAAGGAAAAACUUUUCACCAAAAAGAGGACUUCUGAAUCUGGAGCUCUCGAAGAGGUGCUGAGUAAGAAGCACAAACAUCUUGAGGAUGUGGGACAGGCUAACGCUAAAAGUGAACCAGAGAAAUCCAUUCCUAAACAAGCCAAAAAACGCAGCCAAGCUGUCGAAAACACUAGUGCAGAAGAUCAAAAUGACCGAGAAAGCCCUGAGCUUGAAAUAAUAUCUGUAAAGGUUAAGCGGCCUGCUGUAAUAAUCUAUGGGCCACCUGUGAUAGAAGUAGAGAAGGCAAAUCACCUCCAGGACCUGCAUUCAUUUGAAAGUGAAACAAAUGAUGCAGAACCUUUUAAAACAGGCCAUGCUUGGCCCAUAAAGUCUCUGGCGCCUCGGCCAUCAAAUCCCAAUAACAUGAAAUUCCUUCGUUAUGCAAAAGAGACACCUUCCUCUUCUCACACAAUGACUAAUAGUAAUACCAGCAUUAGUCCUGCAAAGAAACAACCAAAAAUCUCGGGCUAUUUUUCCCCGACCAAAGGUAAUGGAAGUAAAGCUCAGGAACCUGAAAAUCAAGAAAUGCAGACUCCAGAACUUCCAACCCCAGAUGAAACAGCAGGGACUUCUGCUAAAUCAUCUUCAAAGAUUAGAAAAUCCAAUGUAGGUGAAGAGGAAAGAAAGUCCACAUUAGAAAAUUUGACUCGAUUCAAGGAGAUCUUGAUCAGCGUCACUAUGAACAAGCAUUACAAUGCGCUCAUCAACCCUGAAGACCAUACCGUCAUUUGCAACUUCCUUUCGGUUUCUGAGAGAUCAAAGGCACUCUUAAUUCAACUAUCAAAAAUCAAGCAUAUUUGGAGGCGUGUUUCUGAUUUAAAGCACCCAGAAAUUGCUGAGGACCUUGGUGAUGUGGUUGAUGAGUUGAUAAGAGCUGAUUUUCUCAAGAAAGACACAGAACUAACUGACCUCCGAGAAAUGCUUGAACUGCUGAAGGUGAAAGAAAUUGCUGACUUGUUGAAAGUGUACAAGCUGGAAAGUGCCAAGAAAAAAGCGGGCAAUAUAGAAGUGCUCCUCAAGCAUUGUCAGCAGCAGUCGACCAUCAGAGGAAACAUGUCCUUAAUGAUUGAGAAGAGAGCCAGGCUGAUUCUUGGCGAAUGUGUGAAGGUCAAUUUAGCAACCGUAGAUGUGUUGAAACGAAUGUGCCUGCUAGAAUCACUUCCUCUUUGCUUCAAGGACACGUCAUUGUCCGAUAUCUUGUACAGAGCGAAUAUGUUGACCCAUGGGACCUUGGUCUAUCCUGAUUACAAAAUCAACAUGCAGAGACAGAUUUUCCAAAAUCGAGACUCAUUUUUGGAGUUCCACCGCGCUUACUUGAUAUUCAAGGAAAUGGAGACUGAAAGAGUUGCAAAAAACUAUGGGGCUGUAGCACAACUUGCAAAGGAAGCCUGGAAAUAUUUCAAGGCUCUCUUUGAGCCCAGCAAAACCGCUACGAAAGCUUUUGAUGAGGCUCUGCCAGAGUACCUGAGAAGAUACACUGCAGGGCAUACUCUGGCUCAUGCAAUGACAAAUGGCAUUGAGGCGCUCUCCAAACUAAAAGAGUUUGACAGCAUCAUCUACAUACUGAAAGAUUUGCUUGACCAGAGCUGCUACUGUGUAAGACUCAGAGGCGAUUGGUAUGAGAAAAUGGCUCUCAUUUAUUCCAAGCACAUGAAAAAUGUCAAUGAGGUUGUUCAAGUUAUUUUCAAAGGCAUGACUGAUCCCAAGGUGGAUAUGCGUUUCAAGAUGUCGCUUGCAAACAGAGCUGCUUCAUUUAAAACUUCAAAGCUGCUGAGCAAGGACACAAAAGAAAAGCUGGAUUACUAUGCGAAUAGUGCUGUGCUGUCUGACCCUCCUUGCAUUGUCAUUAAAGGAAGGGUCAAAUCAAGGGGUGAGGGUGUUGUAGGGCAAAAAAUGAAUUUCCUUUUGGAGGACGCAAGCACUGGAGAGACGUUGGUUAGCUCUGUGGAAUCUUGUGCCAUAGCCCAUUACUUAAAAAACGAGCGAUUUGAGAAAGGACGGCAUAAUGAAGGCUCUACAAUUGUUACGCUUUUUGGGAUUUUGUUUUGGAACGAAGUUUACGAUCAAGACAUUCCAGACGCCUUCAUCAGCAGAUACCAAUCUGAGCCUCUGGACCUCUAUGGCAUUGACUUUUAUGAGAGGCGCCGUGACCAGUUGGAAAGACAGAUGCAGAGAAUAGAAAGAUGGAACUCCGAAGAGUCUAAAGCACAUUUCAUUAACACAUGGGAAGUGUGUGCCGACAAAGUCUGUCUUGUAAAUACCUCAGCGUUCAAAGAUGCUGAAGAGGCCCAUAGUCUAUUCGAGUGCAUGGGUGCUAAAACUGUCAACAAAAUUUGCCUGAGGCUAAUGAAGGAUUACCGAAAAACAAGAAGCGGAUUUCCUGACUUGGUCGUCUGGACUCCAGGGAAAAAGGAUAAAUAUAAAUUUGUCGAGGUGAAAAGUCCUAACGAUACCUUGUCAAAUGCCCAAAGAGUCUGGAUUGAUUUUUUGAUGAGAAUUAGCGCGCCUGUUGAAGUUUGCAGAGUAAACUGUGUCAGUGAAAAAUACCUUGGCGACAUCAACGAGACGCAUCCAGCCUUUUCUGAUUCUGCAGAAGGCCCUUCCUCUUCAAGCUAGUUACCGCAGCAUGGUGGAGAGCUCUGUCCAUGUUAUCUUUAAUUCGCAUUGUGAAUAUAAUUUUGAUAAUACAAUAAUUAUUAUAUUUUACUUACAAAUUUUGUGUUGGCCUUUAAUUGGAAGGAAAAAAGGCAGUUCCUCGGGAUUCUCACAAAUAAAAACAAAUGGACUCUCAGACAGACCAUCAGGGUA